CUUCCGCUUAAUGUUAACUCUGAAACACAACCCCCUUCGUCCAGACACUUCAUAAUAUCUCAUUGAAAGUAUCGGAUUCCUGGUAUGCUGGCGAUUCUCUGUCCCCCAGAGAGUGCGCUCCUGCCUUGUCCAAGGCCAGCACUUUUCACUGGACCUCCUCCAUAACAUUGAUGAGUACUUGCUGAAUGAUCCGGUGCAGUGUAGCCAAUCAUUGUUCACGAGGGGAGGACUCAUGUGUUAACUCCUUUGAAUCUUCUAACCUUACGCCUGCCCUUUUAAUGCCAUUUUUCUUAGGAUUCAAGAGGAGGGAGACCGAGGUGUAUGUUGGCAAUCUUCCUCUGGACAUCUCUGAGGAGGAAAUUCGGUACCUCCUGAAGGACUUCAACCCUCUCCAUGUCCACAAAAUCCAGAGUGGCUGCAAAUGCUUUGCGUUUGUGGAUCUGGGCUCUGUGUGGAAAGUGGCGCUUGCAAUCCAGGAACUGAAUGGGAAGCUCUUCCACAAUCGGAAACUGUACGUGAAUUCCAACAAAAGCUCUCCCAAGAGGAUCCCUGGCGUGGCCAAGAGGCCCCGGGAGCUGCAGGUUUUGGAGAGGGCUUCUGGUCAAGGAUUUGCCAACCUCACUGGCGAGAUCCUGAGUUCCCAUGCUUGUACACAGCUCACUCCUAAAGCUUCUGGUGACUCCCAAGAGACAGAGAAACUGAGGACAACUUUCUUUGCAGUUCCCUUGGAAAUGAGAGGAUCCUUCCUGGUGCUGCUCCUGAGGGAAUGCUUCCGAGACCUGAGCUGGCUGGCCACCAUCUGCAACGCAGGCAGGGAGGUGGGACUGCUGGUGACCAGUAUUGUCCCUCACACCCCGUUCUUCUGGGCCAUGCACAUCACGGAGACUCUGCACCAGAACAUGCAGGUGCUGUUCAGCACCCUGGCUGAGGCGGAAGAGCAGCAGCCCUACCUGCGUGACGCGGCCGUGCAGCGUGGGACCCGCUGUCUGGCCGAGUACCAGCUGGGCAGUUACGGGCGGGCCUGGAACAGGUGUUGGGUAGUGGACAGGGUGGAUGCCUGGGCUGUGGUCAUGUUCAUCGAUUUUGGCCAUUUGGCCACCGUCCCAGUACAGUCCCUGCGCAGCCUGGCUAGUGAUGACUUCUGGACCAUCCCCCCUCUGACUCAGCCAUUCAUACUGGAGAAAGGCAUUUUGAGUUCAUAUCAGGUGAUCCAUCACAUUCUCAAAGGGAAAAUUGUUGGCGCUUUGAACUUGGAGUCGCACAUCCUGAAGUUUGAAGAGUUUAAAUAACGUGGCUAGCAUCAGUUCGUUUCCUCUCCUGUCCAGAUUCUGCCUGCCCUGACCUGUUGUCCCCCUUCCAUUCUUGAGGCUUUGUGGGUGAAAAAGGCCAUACUGGUGCCCAGGAUUGACUUGAUUCCCAUUUGCCUUUACCCUCAGCUCGCCUUUCAGGAAAGUGAAGUCUGUUACGUGUCUUCAGUUCGCCACUGAGAAUGAACAUUUGAACCAAAUGUAGGAAGCUUACAUUGAAAGCUUCAGGUGGCUAUGUAUUUCUUUCCUCUUUUUUGCGCCCCCAGAGCAUGAUAUAAAUUGCCCUAACGGAUUCUGGAGAUUCUGGGAAUGGAAGGGCCCACUGCUUAAUUUUCCUGGCAUUCUGUUGUAGAACCAGAUGGGGAGCAU